CAGGCCGCAGCUAAGCUUCAUUGCUUUCUCAUGUCCUCCCAACCUCUUUAAUUUCUUCCGUCUUGCUCUGGCGCCCAUAAUCAUCCGUCAGAUCACUUCAUCCUCACACACGACAACUAUACAAAUAAACCUCUCUAUGUCCCAGCUGGUUUAAUUACGUGCCCAUUUUUCUCGAGAGAAUCGUCAUUGAUUCAUUAAUUAUUUGUUUGAUUUUCUCUUCCCAUGGAAGCCGGGGGUACAGCUCCAAAAUCAUUCGGCUGCUUUCCUCUCAAGGGCGCCCGCGGAGGCCUCAAGCUAAGCCUCCAGCGUCUUCGGUCCAAGUCCAGCUCCACUGGUUCAAGGAGCUCUAGAUCUCCUCCACCAACUCGAGCGCCAACAUCUCCCUCUCCCAGUAUUAGGCCCCACAUCAUGCCUACCGCAAGAGAAGACGAUGAGUUCAGGCAAGUCUUCGGGUAUUUCGACAGCGACGACGACGGCAAGAUCUCGGCGGUGGAGCUGAGAGCUUAUUUCGGGUCCAUAGGGCAGUACAUGUCGCACGAGGAGGCUCAAGUGGUGAUAAAUGACUUUGACUCGGAUGGAGACGGGUUGAUAGACAUGGAAGACUUUCUGAGGCUGAUGAAGAGGGACGUCAAAGGCGAUGACAAUUAUAAGGAUGACCUCAAGGCAGCCUUCCAGAUGUUCGAGCUCCACAAAGGAAGCGGACGCAUUACGCCGAAAAGCUUGCAGAGAGCGCUGAGUCGCCUCGGAGAAGUCAACUCCUACGACGAGUGCAAGGCCAUGAUUCAGGUUUUUGACACCGACGGCAAUGGGGAGCUCGACUUCCACGAGUUCCACCGAAUGAUGGCUUGAUCAUCAUCACUUCGAAUUCCAUUUGGUAACAAAACCUAUAUUACAUACAUCUGGGAAGCAUGCGUGCAAUAGUCCCGUCUCCUUAUAUGUAUACAUUAUAAGUUGCGGUGAAUUAAUAUAAUUUUGCAAAUAAAA